CGUCAAAACGUGUUCUACGCCACUUCGCUAAUGCGCUGAAGUUUUCUCUCGGCCGCGCGCGCUGUUACAUUGGCAGCCGAGCAGAGCUGCAGUAGUACACUGCCUCAGGAGAUUCAGCUUCUCUCGUGCACAGUCACAGAGCAGCAGGGUACCACAGCCCUCUGAUCCAUCCACUCUGUCUGGUCCUCUUGCCCCCAUGAAUGCAUGAGAUGCCGGCCAGCCAGAGGUUUCUUUUCUUCCUCGUCGCCUUGCUCCUCCUGGUGGCGACGGCGGCGGCCGGAGGGGACGACCACGCCGCCGGCACGACCGAGGCGGCCGCGGAGGCGCGUCCGCCCGACGCGGCGUUCGACGUGCGGGCGAGGAAGUGGUGGCCGCGGGUCCCGGCGACGGAGGGCCUCGUCCGGGGCAGCGAGCGCCGGGUGCCCAACUCCUCCGACCCGCUCCACAACCGCUGACGUGAUUACACCACCGCUGCCUGCUCCCGUGCCAUCCGAUUCUUGGCGCUCCCGCGUCGCCCAUGCUUCAUGCUUGGAUCGUGGCUGCCGGCUCUGCUAGAUCAGAGGCCCAAGAUGCGUAUACAAAUGUAGCUCAUUUUGCCUUUUGUUGGCUCCAGUGUUUUGUAAUGAGAAAUUGAUCGGCGUUUUGCCGAUCUGUGCAUACACAUUUGACAUUCCUUCUUCUUAUAGAUGACUAAAGUGCAGUUCAUAGUGGGCAAUUCGAUAA